CGUAGGAUGUUUAUCUUGAAUGUUAGAAAAUAAUUACUAAAAUGUAUCAUUUGAUCUGUAGGUUUAUUUUGUAGUCAAUCUCUGAGCAGUUCUUCUCUCGACCUAUCAGGUGAAACGCCCCCAUCUAAUGUACAGUUUGAGGUUAGAGACAGAGAUGCAGAUUGACAAAGGAGAUUACGAUCAUGACGUAUACGGACCACCUGUCGUUGAUGGUUUCCCUUGUCUGCCUUAGUUCUACAGUAUACAGGAAGCCGAAAUGCAAGGUGGGUGUUUUGCACUUGCCGUUUGUUUUGCCAUUUUUCCUGACAACGAAGGUCAUUACAGUGGUGACAAAUAUGACCUGACUGAUUACAAUGGCCUCUUCUUUUCCAACGAUGAAAUAAAAGGGCUGAAGGAGGACAUGGGGUCCCUGUUGUUAGCAACCAUCAAGGAUAAAGACCGUUCCUUCCGCUUCACUCCUGGAAAAUGGAAGAGAAGGCUACCCAAGAGCAGAAAGGAGAAGGUGGAAGAGGAAUGUCCCGAACGAUCAAAAAGGCGUACGUGUCCGUCUUGUUGUCAAACACAAUGGGUGGCAGACCGCGUAUGGAAAGUGAUGUACAACAACACUGAAUACAACGUUGUGCAAAAACAUAACAAGUACCAGGUCAUCUUCCAAGGCGUCUGUUCCUGCAGCAAUUGUGGGCCUGUGAUAACGUGUGGUGAAGAGGAUUUGUUCUUCACGCCGAUCUUGGUGGAAGACAGCGAACGUCCAAAGAACGAUUCUCGCCCCGCCACCCACUUCCUUCCCCUGCGAAUAUCCCGCUUCUGUCAGUGUUCCAAAGGGUCGUGGAUCGUGUAAACGUCGAUAUCCUCAGAAAAGUUGAUGUUGUAAGAUUGUUUUCCUAUAAGAACGAAAUAAUGUGAAAGUUGGUUUAAAGAACAUUGUGUUUUGUUGUUUUGGGCACACCAUUGUAGGAUUUGUUGUAAGUACUAGAUUUACUAAAAUGACUAAACCUAUUCUUCUUUCUCUUGUGCUGAUCAAUUGUACGAGACUUGAUAAAAUGACUAAACCUUUUCUUCUUCUCUUGUGCUGAUUAAUUGUACUAGAUUUGUUAAGAUGACUUAACCUAUUCUUCUUUCUCUCGUCCUGAUCAAUACUCUGUAGUGGCAUAUUAUUAUGUAAAGUGUUCUUUGAUAAAAAGCUUAUU